CCAAAGGUCGUCAGCAACGGCGGCUUCGGGCACCAGGGAAAAGCGCGAUUCGCUAAUGUGCGUUUCCUCGUGCCGAAGGUGCCGCCCGUCACGCCGCCGCCAAAGUUCCGUAAAUGUUUUGGUUCUCCGGUAGCCAGAAAGAAGAAGCCGCGAGCGAAUCGCCGCCGUCGCCGCAUUUCUGGUGGACGCAGACCAGCCUGUUCACGGGACCGUUGGUCGAAGCGUACGAGCAGCUCGAUACGUGGUGCUUCGGCAGCGACGAGUUCGAGAGGACCGUCGCCAAGACCCUGCUAGUCAUACUCUCCAUUAACGUCGUCCUCAUCGUCUACGUCUGGCGCAGGCACGGUGAACGGAUCGCCGACCAGUUUCUGAACGUCGCCUCAAGCAGCCAGCUCGAGGAGUUCCAGAAGGAGGCAAGCUCGCUGGAGCUGCCAGAGGAGCACUCGCCUCGAAUCUGAGUGUGGGCAGUGGCUCUAGAUGGCAGCCAUCCGCGACUUCUUCAAGAAGCGAAAGGCCGAGGUCAAGUUCAAGCAGGCAGGCCCUGGCAGACGACUCAAUGCAGACGACACCCCGUCGGUGCGGUCCCCCCCACAACUGCAACAGUCACAGCAGCGCGGAGCUCCGUCGGAAGGAGCACAGCGGGCCGCCGCGGCUGCACUUGCACGCUGCGAGCAACAGCAUGCCAAGAUGCAUCCCAAUUGGUCUGUAGCGGCCAUCAAAUCACAGGCUAAGAAGGAACUUGAACAGCAGCUGGCCGCAGAAGAGGUGACGAAACAGCAGCUGGCUGCAGAGGAAUUGAGUCGCAAACGGAAGUCUACCUCGGCUGUGCUUGAGUCAGGGCCGCAGGCUGGUGACAAUGCUGUCGUGUUUGGCCACCCACUUCUGGGGCCCGAGCUACGGCUGCCGUACGAGGAGCUCCGGUUGCGUAUUCGCCAAUUCCUCUAUGAGCAGAUGUCCGAAGAGCCGGGACUCACCUCCUGCCUUCUCAUCCACACCUGCAAUUCACCACAGUCCAAGGUCGAUGCUGGUGUGGAGACGCUGUGCAAGUACCUCAACAACAUAGCAGACAACCCGACGGAAGAGAAGUAUCGCCGCAUUCGCCUCAACAACCGGAUAUUCCAGGAGCGUGUGCUGCCACUGGAGGGUGCCCUCGAGUUUCUUCAGGCAGCUGGCUUUGAGCGGCGACACGACGAGGAGUCGGUGUCGUCUGAGGAGUGGCUCGAGUUCCCUUUGGAUGGAGACAUUGAGCAGCUGCGCAUCUUGGCCGACGCACUGUGCUGUGCCAAGCCCGUAAAGCCCGUUCUGGACCGGUCGCUACGCGUGCUGCUUCCCCAUGAGGCAGCACAGCAGCUGGUGCUGCCAGACUCCUUCUUCAACCUCAGCCCUGAUGAGGUGCUGCGCGAGCAGGAAGCCAGGCGUCGCGAGGUGGAGCUGCAGACAGCGCUGCGGACCAAGGCCAUGCGCGAGCGCGACGAGAGGCGUGAGCAGAUGAUGUACCGCUACACGCUCGUUCGGAUCCGGCUGCCCUCUGGCCUUUUGCUGCAGGGGACAUUUUCCGUGCACGAACCCUUGGCUGCCGUGCGGGAGUUCCUCCUGAACAGCAUGGAAGAAGCCAGGAGCGAGUGCAUGCUCACGGGGCCAACCGGCCAUGCAUUGGACGACCCCAAGGCCACCCUGCUUGAGUUGAAACUCGUCCCAGCUGUUGUGCUGACCGCAUCGUGGGGCCAGUCGAAGCCACCCGACCUCCUGCCCGAGCUGAGGGCUAUGGUGCAGCCGGUCUAGCAAGUGCAGUCUACACACCACGGAUGCUCGCUCAAUUGUCUGAGCAAACAAAAAUUGUAUUCCAGUGUUGUAUAAAGAAAAUGAAAUUUAUGAGACUAGGAAAUGAGGCUGCAUUGUGUGGAACUUCCUGUGAGGACAUCAAAUGUCCUCCCCCUUUUCUCUGUUCCCUUUUUUUUUUUGCUGCUUUAUAGCUGUGGUGUUGAAAGUUCCACUGUGUGCAAUGGAAACUGACAAACUGUUCAUGAAAAGAAUAAAGCAUGCUUGUUUCACAACGA